AGUACGGGGCGAAAUUUGAUGUUCUGAGUUGAAGUCCUUCGGAUUCUGUUGCAUGAAGUUGAUUUCCUUCUCGUUCAGCUCCUUUCCUUUUAUCACCUUGUGCCACUCUCUCUCUUCUGACCAUGACUCGAUUUGCUACGCUCGCCGCCAUUGCAGCUUGUGCGGCCGCAAGUUAUAGUGGCAAUCUUAACUAUCUAAGCCCGUCCAAGCGCCACGCUGACCUUGGAAUCGAUAUUCCAAAACUCCAUAAGCGCAGCCUCGACAGCACGACGAGCUCAUGGGGUCUCAGUGCUCUUACCUUCACUCACGGGGUCGCCUCGGGCGAUCCGUACGCGGACUCGCUCAUUCUGUGGACUCGCGUUGCGCCGGGGAUGGAAAGUGACAGGUCCAAUGUGGCCGUAUCGGGCUAUGCUCCGAUGUAUAAUCACGACACCGAGGAGUAUGUGAAAGCUUCCGCGUAUCCAAUCUGCGUCGAGUACGAAGUCUCGCAAAGCAAGGACAUGAGACCAGUUGUUGACCGAGGAAGAGCAUAUACAUCCUCAGAUAUUGAUUACACGGUGAAAGUCGAAGCAAAACAGCUUCAGUCAUGGACCACAUACUACUACCAGUUUGCAAUCUGCAAUUCGGAAAAGAAGAGUCCCAUCGGAAAAGCAAAGACGCUGCCUCGUCCCGAUGAGCGACUGCACUCGAUCAACAUCGGCGUCUUCUCCUGCAGCAACUAUCCGAACGGUUACUUCAACCCAUAUGGGACAGCAGCACGAAACAAUCGCCUUGAUCUCUUGGUCCACCUCGGCGAUUACAUCUACGAAUAUCGCCAGGGAGUGCUUGGUCGUGAUCCUCGAGCGACCGAUCCCCCCAAGGAGCUCUUCUCCCUGUAUGAUUAUCGACAGCGGAUCGGACAAUACCGAACGGAUCCGGACCUGUUGCUUCUGCAUCAGAGCACUGCAUGGAUUACGACAUGGGACGAUCAUGAGGUGGCGAACAAUGGUUACCGGGACGGUUUUUCCCGCAUGGAUAACAUCGAGGACUCGUUUGUGAAGGCCGGUGGUGUUAGCGUCGACCAACGAAAGAUGAAUGCUGUCCGAGCCUACUUUGAGUGGAUGCCAAUUCGCCAGGUCGAUAUGGAUGAUAACCUGAGGAUCUGGCGAAAUUUCGCUGGAGGAGACCUCUUCGAUCUGAUUAUGCUCGACACCCGCAACUACGAUCGAAGCAUCACGACGCUGGAUGGGAACGACGACUAUAUUCAUGCCAUCAGCAACGAUGCUGGGAGAAGUUUGAUGGGUUCGGCACAAGAGAACUGGUUUUAUAAACAGCUUUCAAACUCCAGCGAGCGGGGUGCGACGUGGCGUAUCAUCGGUGAUCAGAUCAUCUUCUCGCGUGUGAAUAUCUCGUCCUCGUUUGGUACCCUCGAAAAUCCAUAUAACGGCGAUCAAUGGGAUGGCUACCAAGCCAACCGCAACCGAACUCUCCAUCACCUCUAUUCUAAUAACAUCGGCAACAAUGUGUUUCUUGCCGGGGACAGCCAUGCCAACUGGGUCAGUGAUAUCGUGUGGUUGGACGAGAAGCCUUAUGACCAGGCCAGUGGCGAGGGUGCCAUUGGCGUCGAAUUCGCUGUCACGGCCAUUUCAUCGACCGGAUACGGCAGUUCCAUAGGGGAGUCCACUCGGCAGGCAAGCACACUGAUCCGCGACAAUCCGGAAUUGUGGUGGACGGAGGGAUACUACCGUGGAUACGUGGAGCUCCAAAUCAGUCAUGAGAAAGUCAACGCCAAGUUCUGGGGUUCGCUGAGUGUGGCGACUAGAAACCCAUAUGAACUGAGCCUUGCGAAUUUCACCGUCCAGGCGGGAGUCAAUCAUCUGGAGCGACCGGUUGGAGGUGGAAGAGUGGAAAGCGGCGUGCUUCGAGGUGGUGAAGCGGUGUCGACGAAUUUUUCAAAAGAUACGGCAACGGGAGAAUGGAGUGUGCAGAAUGAUUUCACAAAGAUGUACAUUACGUACACCUCCGCGGCAUAAUGUCUGAGAUGUAUCCGUCUUUUCUUACACUCUCACCGAAGGGCAAUUUCGUGGCCAGAUAGGGCUGAGAGCUUUAUCAUGCUUGAGACAUGGCUUUAAUUUGAAUAUACUAUUGUCGGGUUUCCUCUCUUCCUCUCAAUAACAACGGCGCCUGUGAGAUAUCCCCUCUAGCCAAAGG